AGAUUUAUACAACUGCAACAUAACUGCCUGACAAUGGAACCACUAUCUGGGAGUUAUGAUCUCGGAUUCCAAGAUCCCCCUGUAGAUCAACACAGUCCAAUCUCGCCCCAUGAAUAUAACAGCAAAGAGAUAAUGCUGAGGCUUUAUAAGACUCUAGUCAGGCCACACUUGGAGUAUUGUCAACAGUGUUGGGCCCCACAUCUCAGACAUGAUGUGUUGUCAUUGGAGAGAGUCCAGAGGAAGUUCAGAAAGAUGAUUAAGGGAAUGAAGGGGUUAAAAUAUGAGGAGCACUUAGCAGCUUUGACCCUGUGCUCACUGGAACUCAGACAAAUGCGGAGGCAUCUCAAUGAAACCUACCGAAUGUUGAAAGGACUGGAUAAGGUGGAUGUGGAGGAGGUAUUUCCUGUGGUGGGGCACAGCCACAAAGUUAAGGGGCCACCUUUUCAAACAGAGUGGGAGUUGUGGUCAUUGUCCUCGCUCGCUCCCUGUCAAAGCAUGUUUCGUCAGCCACCACCGACGUCACCGAAACAGACCCACCGAGGCGCGAAGGAGAAUCACACCCGUCCUUGUGGGCGCCGAGGCCGGCGACACCGACAGAAGCGACUCGCUGAUUUCCGGCAUGGCGAUGGAGCGGAAGAGGAGGGGCUGGUCAUGGGCCGAUUUCCUUCAGCCUAUCGCAGCUCAAACUUAAUACUAACCCCUGCUGUCAUUGGCUGCAGUGCCUGUCGCUCAAGUGGGAACUCAGAGGGUGAUUAGUUUAUGUGAACGUCAGUCAGCCUUCCUGUCUUUAUGAGUUUGGAUUUGGAUUUAUAACGGGACAGGAAGCAAAUUGGGAGAAAUGUGAGUUUUUAUGUGAUGGUGCAUCAGUCUCCGAGCGACAUUAUCAACAAUAAAAGGGCAAAGGCCGUGGUGAGGAAGUAGGUGAUUUACUGGAGGUUAUAUGGAGAUAAUAUUGGAAGGGAUAUCAAACUUGGAAUUGUUUGGGAUAUGAUUUAGAAAAUGGGGGGAUUUGUGGGGAUCAUAAUAUUCCAGUGUUGAUUAUUGAGGGCAAAAUGAUUGUUACUGAAACAGGGAAGGUUGUGUUACUGGCUGGGUCAUUUGCUGAGAUUCAUAAUCAGGAUAAUUUAAGUGAAGAAAUUAAACAAUGUAGGGAUAUGUUUUUCAGUGAAUACUCUGAUGUGCUGGAAGUCAGCUGCAGCAAUGAUAGUAUCACUGAUGGCGAGAUUUCUUUGUA